AUGAAUGGGCAAAAUGUUGUUACAAUGAAGAUUUUGGUUGUUUUGACACUUUGGAUGUUGCUCGGGCCAAGGAAAACAUCAAAGAGAUUCCAUCUUUUAAAAGUAGAAAACUUCUUUUGGCAUAAAGGUUGGUAUGAAGAAGAGAGGAGGCAAGCAGAUGUGAACUCACUGAUGCUGAUACUGGCAUUGCUAUGUCUUUUGCUUCCAAUGCUAUUUACAUACAGUGCUGCAUCACCGGAACUCACCGUAGAAUCUUCACUCUACUUGUCAAGAGCUGCUAGCAUUGUCAUGUUGGCUGCAUAUUUUGUUUACUUGAUCUUUCAACUAUGGACACAUAGGCAACUAUUUGAAGCUGAAGAUGAAGGCGGAGAUGAGAACAUUGAGGCAGAAGAGGCUGUGAUUGGAUUUUGGAGUGGAUUUGCUUGGUUGGCUGGAAUGACCGUGUUCACUGCGUUGUUGUCUGAAUACGUGGUCGAUACAAUUGAGGAUGCAUCAGAUUCAUGGGGUUUAUCAGUGAGCUUCCUCAGCAUAAUCUUGCUUCCAGUAGUUGGCAAUGCAGCUGAACAUGCUGGAGCAAUCAUUUUUGCUUUCAAGAACAAGCUUGUAAGAAUUUAUAUUAUAGUGUUACUCAAUUCCAUACUUAAUCCUUUCAUUUAA